AUGACACAAGAGUUCACUGCUAGCAUCCAAGAAUUAUCAGAGACCACAAGGGAGCUUACAGAGCUGGUAAUCUCAGACUCAGAUUUAUCGCCUCAAGAUGCAGAUGCUCUGGUCAAAAAGGCUGAUGACAAUCAUCAUGUCCAAGCAAAGAAGUCUUCAAUAAAGCCAGAACCUUCAAUCAAGGUCGAAGGGCCUGACCCUGAUUUGGCAGCCUGUUCCCGAGAACAAAAGACGGCUGCUAGAGAUAUUAGUCCAGGACCAUCUUCCGAGGAUAUUAAAAUGCCCUCGGCCGCCAAAUCUGAUUCAACCGAAUCGACCGUCAAAUUUAGCGACUCAAGCUCGGAGCACAAUAUCAUAUCCAACACUCCGAAGAAGACCCUCAAAAGGAAACGUACCCCGAGUUCCGUCAAGCCAUUGGAUACACCACAGAAUCAAAACCAGCUUUGCCUUUCGUGCUCUCAAGAUUGGGGAAAGCCACUGCAGCCAGGCGAGAGGUUACUGGAUUGCCUAGCUACCUCUGAGAAUGGCUUCUGUUGUGAUAAGUGUGCUCGUGGGGAUUCCACAAGUGAACUACUCCCAUCCCAUCUUGUGGGAGAUUUGGUGCAACUAAAGCGUGAGAUGAACAAUGCCUUGGAUGCAGGAGAUGCUACGGAAGAAAGUUCCCAUUUUCUCGUUGGAUAUCAAGGUGUGUCCUCUGAAGUCCGUCGUCUAUCCAAUGGGACUAGGGCAUUAAGCCUCAAACAAAAUAUGGACAAGUCACAAACCAAAGUGUCGUCAAGCUGUGGAGACCCAGGGAAGAACGCAGACAAGAUCAGGUUAAAAAGUCAAGAAUACUACCGGAAGAACACAGACAGGAUCAGGUUGAAAUUUCAAGAAUAUCAGCGGAAGAACGCAGACAAGGCAAGGUUGAGACAGCAAGAAUACCGGCGGAAGAACGCAGACAGCAUCAGGUUGAAAGAUCAAGCAUACCGGCAGAAGAACGCAGACAGCAUCAGGUUGAAAGAUCAAGCAUACCGGCAGAAGAACGCAGACAAAAUCAGGUUGAAAAGUCAAGCAUACUACCGGAAGAACCCAGACAAGGCAAGGUUGAGACAGCAAGAAAACCGGCGGAAGAAAGCAGGCAUCGUCACACAAGGAGGAACAGAGCCGUGUAAUGAGAAGAACCAAAUCGCAUCAAGGCAGACCCAAGAGGAGGAGCCGAAUUCAAUAUAUUAUCUCAAGCCAAAGGACGAAUUACCAGAGAAUAUGCUCAAAUCAGAGGACAAAUUCAAGGUAGAGAACAAUUCGAAGCCUAAGGAUGAGCUCAAGCCAAAGGCCCAGUUGAAGCCAGCAGAGGAAUUCGAGCCAAAGGAUGAGCUCAAGUCGGAAGAGAAAUUGCCAGAGAGUGGGCUCAAGCUGGAGGGCAUCUUCAAGAUAGAAGACGAGUUUAAGCUAAAAGAAUGA